CAAACACCACAAAAUGUCUACAACCGAUACACUAAAUGAACCAUACAUAUCCGUAAUCACUGACUAGAAUUGACAACGCCUGAUAUCAGUUCAGUGUGCCCAGAUUUAGUUUAGCAACUGCUUAAAGGCUCUAAUUAUAUUUUUGAGGACUGUUUGGCGCAGUUAACUUUCAGUCUAUUUUCGUGGGUGGCUAUUAAAUUUUAUGGUUGCUUGUUCGUGAUUGAAGGCCGUUCCUCAAGGUUGUACAUUUAUAUGCUGUGGUUAUGAUGCCCGGUGGCGAAUCUGGCGAUGAUAAAGACACAAAGCAAAAAGAAGAUGUGGAGAAAAGAAAUCAGGAGAUUCGUGCCAGUAUUCUAGCACAAAUUCUCGAUCAAGAUGCAAGAGCACGUUUGAAUACCAUUGCGAUCACAAAGCCAGAAAAAGCUAAAAUGGUUGAAAACAUGCUCAUCAACAUGGCUCAAACUGGACGUCUUGGACCAAAGGUAUCAAUAUAUCGUAAAGUAUUACUGUGGGUGUAUACUGUAGUAGCAAGUGUUGAGAUUUGAUAUUGUGGUUAACUUUACAGACAUUCUUUUUUUAUUUGAAGUGUUUCAGGUGGGUUUUUUAACGAUAUUCAGCUAAUCGUACAUGCAAAUACGGUGUUCUGGUUAUCAAUCGACGUACUCGUUUGAGAACGAUCACCUCGGAGAGCGUUGUUUCGUUAUAAAACUUUAACGUUAUUAUCAUUAACUGCAAGAUUACUACUUUUGUGGUGUUCUCAUCCCAGAAUCUUAAUAAACACAAGCCGUUUAUUUCGACGUUAUGAACUACUUGUAGCUUUCAAUGUUAGUGGCUUAGGCUGCAACACUUUAAUCGCAAGACUUUUACCUCGUAAUUACUUACGAUAGCGGAAGUGUUAUUGCAGAACGUGAGUACCACUAAAAACUAACAAUCACAUGUAGUGUAUAUUUCAUUCAUCGAGGCCAUUGAAGUCCACAAAUGUAUGUGUCUGUAUUGUUCCUUCUCAUAUAUCGUGUUAUUGAGAUCUCUUCUAUACAGUUGUAUAAAGAGGUCCUCGUACUGUGUAUCCUAGUAAAUCUGACUAGAUCAGUACCUUCCACAAGAGUAAAAGCUCCAGACGCACCACUUUGUUCUCAGGCUAAGAAUGUAGUUAUCUCCCAGUAAAUGCGGUUUAAAAACAAAAAUAGGUUUAAGUAUUAUAUGCUGACAUCCUUGAGCAGCUUGUCAGCCAGUCUGAAAACACUACCUAGUUGUAAAACAAUAAACAAUGCAAAGUAGUGGAAUAACAGCUUGGAUCCAAAUAAUUAACUCACACAUGUCAAUUUAUCCAUUGUAGAAGAAAAGGGUCAAUUUCACAUAUAUGUUAGGAGUCGGGCUAGUGUUGUGAGUUAGAGUAAUCACCUCGUAGGACUUUCGUCACCGACUAGCAUCAAUUCUAAUCCCAAAAGGUUAGGGUCAAAUAUUUUGUAUUAAACUGAAGUUUUGAGCUAGUUUUACAAAUUUGGAUCAAGGUUUCCAGCACGAACUGAUAUCAGCUAUAAUACAACGCUUCACCACCUUUUUGUUGACGAACUUCAGUAAUUCAGGAUUGACAUUCACUGUAAGCAUAAAAAUGAGAGAACAUCAUUUAGCUUCACUAAACACUUGAUUACGCAAUGAACGACAUGAAGUAAUUAAAUACACAGUCUGCAUUAGGAGCAGAUGUGUUUAUUGACUUCAAGCAUUUAACGAACCAAAUAUUGCCAAUUUUCAUUUAGUGAAUAACAACGUACAUUAUCACAGUACUUUGGAUUUCGCGCAAUACACAAAAGGCAUUAUCUGACUUGUGCCUGGUCAACUUAAGGCCUUCGGUUCACGUUUUCAUGAAAAUUUCUUUCAGCAUUUUGAAAAGUAUGCUCACCACAAUUAUUAUAGUAUAUAUGAUGUAAAAAUGUAAACAGUCUGGACCAUUAUGUCUUGUAGCGUUGACUUUUUUGAGCUAUUGCAAGAUAGUAUUUCUGGGAGCCUUGGUUACAUCCAUACAUCUUUAGUAGACUUAGUUAGUUCUUAUCUAUCGGCUUCACAUUUCCAAAACCCAAUAAAUAGGUAUAACAAAAAAGUUAACGUCUUUGUUAUAGAUUUUUGAAAGUUGUUGGGUAGAAAUGCAACUUCGCAGUCUUCUAUGAUUAAAGGCAUUUUGGUCACUUGGAUAUUUCCAAAUAAAAGUUCCACUCGAGGGAAUCAGAGUAGCCAUAUGACAUAUUGUUCUAGCGAUUAUAAAUGAAUUUCAGACACAUACUGGUUUCUCGAGAAUUGAUUUUUUCACAGCCGUUUGUGUCCACUAACCGUGUUUCUUCAGUAUAUGAGGUUUAAAGCUCUAUUUCGUUGUCUCAACCAUAAAUUUGAACGGAAGUCCUAAUUGUUUUGUUUGGAAAGUAUUUCUGUAAUAAAGUACUGUUUGUAGAAUAGUUUUACCUUCUUAUCUGUGUAGUAUGAUGAAGUUCCUUGCUAGUCAUAAACCAUACAGUCAAACAAAUACGUUGAGUUUCGUCCCGCUUCUCAAGUUUCCGUUGUUCGUGAUUGCUAAUGUUUUUUAGUAUUUUUCUUAUAUCUAACUCAUUUUAGCUGAAUGAAGAGCAGUUAAAACAAAUUCUCCUGCAGGUUUCUUCGGGUACUCAGAAAUCUACCACAGUAAAGUUUGAUCGUCGUCGCGCAGCUAUCGAUUCAGACGAGGAUUCACUUUAAUGUUUGUUCAACUGAAUUUCCGAAGUAAGGCAUGUAUAUGGAUGAAGAUUUGGAUAUAUAUAGAUUUUCUAAUUUGUAAUAGGAAGAUUAAUGGCGCUGUAAAAAUAAUUAAAAUUUGACUUGAUUGAAA